AGGCUAUAUUCUAAUAGCUAGCAGCUGGGCGUUCUAGCUGGCCCUAGCGCUGGCCCUGGGCGUUCUUUCCAGCACUUAAAUAUGGCUAGGGCUGGGACUACGGUAGUCUAGAUAGUGCCCAUGGCCUCGAUCGCACAAUUGAAGCGGAAGGAUCAGGACAAUGCAGUGUCAAGCCGUCUGCCCUUCCCCUCGACCAGGCUCUCAAAGGUUCUUUCAAGGCUGACGCUGCAUUCUACACAUCUUACAGAAACCUAGUGUCUGUACACUGGCUGCCGGGUGGCUUCGUGCUUAGUAAUCCCUUACUGACAAGCAAUCCCUUACUCUCAAGCGUAGCAGGCUGAUACUGUAUUUCAAAACCCCUUCUAAGCUUUGCAACAAAUGCACCUUGGUGCACUGAUGUCUAGAAAAGACCUUGUUGGAACAGGGGCUGAGGCAACCAAACAAGGUUUGUGAUACCUUCAUGGACCAGCAUUGGAUUGCGAGCACCUGCGUGACAUGGGAAGUGGCACAGCAAAAUGGGCCAAGGACGCGUUCGCAGGGGGCACCGCGGGCCUUGUCGUGCACACCGUGGUGGCCCCCCUGGAAAGAGUGAAGCAGCUGCUGCAGACCCAAGACUCCAACCGACGGAUACGGCUUGGCGAAAUUCCACGAUACAAAGGCAUAGUGGACUGUUUUCAGCGCAUUGUCAAAGAUGAGGGAGUUGCGGCCCUUUGGCGAGGGAACUUCAGUGACCUGUACCGUUACUUCCCGAACCAGGCGCUGAGCUUCGCCUUCAAGGAGCAGUACAAAACGCUCUUCAACCGUUACGACCCCAAGACUGAGUUUGGCAAGUACUUCGCUGCGAAUCUGGCGGCAGGAGGAGCCGCAGGGACUUCCGCACUCGUCAUUAUUCAUCCCCUGGACGUGGCGAGCACGCGCAUCACCGCUGACAUCGGCACCCAUGCCACCCGGCAGUUCCGCAACAUCUGGGACGUGCUGUACCACGUCUACAGGCAGGAGGGGGCGCGGGGUCUGUACCGCGGUCUCUUGCCAACGGUCGAGGGGAUCUUCGUGUACCGCGCCUGCUACUUCGGCACGUUCGACACCGCCAAAUGGGUCCUCUUCGAGGAUCCGGAACGGCCGCCGUUUUGGAAGAACUUUCUCCUCAGCCAGGUGACGUCAGUCGUCUCCGCGUUUGUCGCUUAUCCGUUCGACACGGUGCGGCACCGGUUGAUGAUGCAGUCCGGGGAGCAGUCGCAGGAGUUCAGCAGCACGCGCGACUGCUGGGGGACGAUCUGGCGCAAGGAGGGCAUCCGCGGAUUCUACCGCGGGUGGAACGCGAACGUGCUGCGGUCAGCGGCCGCGGGAUCGACGCUCGUGUUGUACGACGAGGUCAAAAGCUGAUGGCUGACUGGGGGGAGCGGUAAUUGAGUCGGAAAGAUGCCGCCUUGUGCAGCCGGGAAGGACAGCUGCUUUGUCGGUCGCUUUCACCAGGGGGCUUGCAAACAGCUCCGGUCUGCAACGCCUGAAAAGACCACGUAGCUCGGCUUUGGAAAGGUGAUGAGAAAGGAAGGGCAGAAAGGAUUGGAUGGGAGGAAACAGGACGGUGACAGGAAACGGGAAGAUGUAGAAUGGGUUAGAGGAGGUCCGGGGAAGUUUACUGGCUCUGCGAAGGCUUCAUUUGAUAGCGAUCGAAGGUCCUCCGCUUUUAUUGAAGCAUGAUUUUGGAAGAUUAUACUAGUAGCUCGGCGGUUUGGGUUUCCUUUGGGAGGGGCUCAAGUCCGUCGGCACGAUUUAUUGUGGUCUAAGAUUUCGUAGAGUAGCAGAAGAUUCCAUAUUGUAAGCGUACGGGUUCGCACUGAUUGCAAUAAAUGUGGUCAGAUCACUUGGUCCAUAAAUAAAUCCCGGUCAGCUUGGGCGCCUUGAUAUGACAAGAUCAUCAGGGCGGGCUAGUCUGCGCGGCUUCGAUCCCACAUUACAAUCAUGAUUGCACCGGUG